CAUAUAUAUAUAUAUAUACAAUUAUCUUCUUAACAGUACACAUACAAUAAAAAAAUAUGUUAUCUAAUGAAGGAUCAGAUCUUCACACGCAAAGCGAUAAUAAUGACAUAGAUAAAGUCAAGCCAUCUUCUAUCACCAUUGUACCAGAAGAUAUUGAAAUAGAAAAAUAUUUGGAUGAUUUAUCUAGCCAAAAUGAAGAAUCAGAUAUGGAUCCUUAUUCUAUCUUAUCUAGAAAACAAAAGAUUAUGAUCGUUACUACUAUAUCAGUUUUAGGGUUUAUUAGUCCAUUUUCUACAAAUAUCUAUUUUCCAGCCCUAAGUAUUAUACAAAAUGAUUUACAUGUUAGUGAAAGGAUGGUUAGUCUUACAGUAACUAUGUAUAUGGUUAUGCAAGGCCUUUCACCUUCAUUCUGGGGAAGUCUGGCAGAUAGUUGGGGGAGGCGCCCGAUUUUUAUAAUCACGUUUUUGAUUUAUAUAUUAGCAUGUAUUGGUAUGGCGAAUACAAAGAAUUAUGCAAGCUUACUCUCAUUGAGAAUGAUACAAGCAUUCGGAUCAAGCUCUGCUGUUGCUGUGGGAGCUGGGGUGAUCGGUGAUAUAUCUACACCUGCUGAAAGAGGUGGAUAUAUGGGCGUAUUUUCAAUGGGGACAAUGUUAGGUCCACUUUUGGGCCCUGUUUUAGGAGGAUUAGUAAGUAAUGAAUUAGGUUGGAGAUGGAUAUUCUGGAUUUUAACUAUACUAGUUAUCCCUAUCUGGUUAAUUCAAAUAUUUUUCCUUCCAGAGACUUUGCGUUCACUUGUUGGAAAUGGUUCAGGCUAUGCUAAUCCUACACCAAUACAGUUCUUCAAAAAGAGAAGGAGGAGAAGAGAUUUUAGUGAUAAAAGUCAUAUAUUAUCUUCUACCCAUUCAAAUUUUAAUAAAUCACAUGAAAGUCUUUAUUCAUCCUCUUUUAAUGCAACAGUAGCUUGUAGUAGUGACGAUACUAAUAGAACAUGCAUGAAUACUCUUGAUACCACUAGAUCACAUUAUAAUAACCAUACACUACAAACAAUUGCAAUCAAAAAGAGAAAUCGAUUCCUUGUAAUACCCAAUCCGUUUCAAUCUUUAGGGUUUCUAAGGGAAAAGGAUGUUGCUGUUCUUUUGCUAUACAACUCAUUACAAUAUGCAGGGCUUUAUUGUGUUGUAACAAGCUUAACUGACUUAUUUACCAAUAUCUAUGGAUUAAAUGCCUUUUAUAUUGGUUUAUGUUUUCUUUCUAAUGGUUUUGGCGCAGCUAUGGGAUCAUUUACUUCUGGAAAGAUACUAAAUUGGAGAUUUAAAAAGAUAGCUACAUCAUUAAAUAUAGAUAGAGCUCAUAUAAAAAGAGGAAAUAUAGAUUCAGAAUUCCCAGUUGAGAAUGCAAGAAUGGGCAUCACCUGGAUUUGGGGAAUAGCUUUUAAUAUUGCUUUAAUCUUAUAUGGCUGGUGUCUAUAUCUUAAGGUUCAUAUUGCUAUACCUAUCAUUAUUAAUUCUCUAUUAUCAUAUUUUUCUACAUCUACAUUCAAUGCCACAAAUACAUUACUUGUCGAUUUGUUUCCAAAAAAUUCAGCAGCUAUAGUAGCAUCAAAUAAUCUUACUCGAUUAUCUUUAGAUGCUUAUUGGGUGCAGCUGCUGUGAUGGCUGUACAGCCUGGUAUACAGGGUCUAGGCGUUGGCUGGUUUUUUACGGUUAUUUCUUUAAUUUUGUUUAUUUCGAGGUUAACAAUGGUGAUUGAAUUAAGAUAUGGACCCAAAUGGAGGUUAGAACGUCUUAAACGACAAGUAGAGUUGGAAAAGC